ACAGUACAGCCUCUCUCAUAGUACAGUAGUAUUAUUUUCACACAUUUCUCGCGUGUUCGCGGAUAAUGAGCGAGCUCGCACGUCUCUCUGUUCCACUUACGGUAUACGCGUGUGCUAUCCUCGCUACUAUUUAUUAUCUCUCGUUACGCAAGCCGCAAGGCAAUGCAGUUGGACUCCGCGACUUGCUGAUUCCGAAUAACUGCUCGCUGCAUAAACUUCAAUGCGUUAGUUCGCUGCUCGGCUAAACAGAGAAUGGCUCCUUGAUCUCGCCGUUAGUUCACCAUUGCCACUGAGUGGCACGUCAGGCGUCACCAGUCGCAGACAUGCCAGGCCGGGCAACAGUGCAGUACCCAGCGGGCCGUCUAGCUGUGGACGAGCUAGUCGUGCUGCUACAGCCGUCCUCGCCAGGAGACGGCACCCCCGACCAGCAGGCGCAGCAGCAGCAGAGCCAGCAGCAGCAGGGGGACGACAGCGCGGGCCGCUUCUCCCUCCAGUCCAUCUUCUCUGGGGGGAAACCCGCCUCCGCUGGGCUUCCGCCCCGGGGCAGAAAUGAGCCUUUUGACCUGGACGCGGAGUUAGACGAUGACGGGGGCGGGGGAGGCGGAGGGGUUGGCGGAGGCGGAGGGGGAGCAUGGGGAGGCGGGCAGGGGCAGGGAGGGCCGACGCUGCGGCAGCUGUGGACGUCAAAUUGGCUGGAGGAGAGCGGGGUGGUGGUGGCCGUGCCGUCGUGCUCCGACCGCAUGGCUGUGGCAUAUGGGUCCACGCUGGUGCUGCUCGAUGGGCUCGUGGCCGCUGACAUGGGGCAAUCCGACCCUGUGGUGAUCGCCCCUGCAUGUGACCGCAGCGACCGCAUCACCGCCCUCGAGUGGCUCUUCUUCGCCCCCCCUCCCGCGCCUCCCCCGUCCCUCCCCUCCCCUCCCUCCACCCACCCCUCCUUCCCCACCCCUGCAGACACCCCUCCGAUCUCCCCUGCUCCUUCCGCGCCCUCCCCCUCUAGCCCCUCUCCCUCCUCCCCCACGCAGCAUCCUGAUCCAGGCCAGACUGAUUCGCAGCAGCGCGAGCAAAGUAGCAACCUGCAUAAGUCCCACAGCCAACAGCAGCAGCAGCAGCAUCAGCAGGGGCCGUCGCUGCUGUGUGUGGCAGUGGGCACGGCUGCUGGGUUCCUCCUUAUUUAUGCCGAGACAGGCGUGCUGCUGGCUCGCCAGAUGGUGCACACGCAGGCAGUGCUGCGGGUGCGGGUGCGGGGCGUGGAUAGCGGCAUGGUGCGCAACGACGGGUCUCAGGAGCUCUCCGUGGUCACCAGGAACGCCACCGCCAUCGUCAGCCCCAUGCAGCUACUGCCCCUGCUCCACCGACGCCUGGACGCCAUAGCAGCCGCGUCUGCCACGGCUGCGGCGUCCGCGUCUCGCUUCGCCUCUGCGUUCAGCUUCAUGGGCGGCGGGGGGCCCAAGCGCAGCGCACGCGAGGAGGAGGGCUCGCACGCGGUGCCCAUCCCAUUCCUCAAGUGGCGCACGGGACUGGGGAGCACGCGGUGGAGCGACGGGGCUGUGGUCGGCAUGUUCCCCUCGCCGCUCUUCAACCCACAGGCGGCCCUUCAGUCGCUCUGUGUCGUCGCUGUGGGUCAGAACCCCUGCAUUGCUGCAUUUGCGGCCACGGAGGAGCCAGAGUGGGUGCAGCUAGCAGCGUCCAUCGUCUCUUCCUCCAGCCCCUCCAACCCCACGCUCCUGGCGCUGGGGAUAGUUCCCCGGCCGUCCGUGCAGCUGCAGCGCAAGCUCAGCGGCGUGCUGCUCAAUGAGAUGAGCGCCGCAGGGGGGGGCGGGGGGAAGGGGGACGCAGGAGGGGCGGGUAGUGGGGGAGGAGCGGGGAAAGGAGGGGCUGGAGGGGAAGGGGGAGGGGGAGGGGGAACAGGAGGGGGAGAAGAGGGCGGAGCUGCAGCAGGAGAAAAGGGGGGACCGGAAAAGGGGGCGGGAGGGAGUAGAAUAGCCCGUAGCAGCAGCAGCGGCGGCGACAGUGACGCUGGCAGCACUGGCUCUGUCGGCACCAGUGUUGCCCGUUCUGCUUCUGCUGGCCCCACCCACACCACCGCAACCAGCAGCAGCAAGUCGAAGCUGCCGCCUAUGCCCCCAUCAUCAGCACACCGUUCCACACCACCACUCCCACCACUGCACCCCGCAUUACCCACCGAAGACUCCCGCUCCUUUGGCUUUAAUCGGCUAUUUUCCCGGCCCGCCCAGGACGAGCGAUCCGAGCCAUUGAUACCAACAGCAGCUUCCGAUGCUGGCCGUGCGACGGCUCUAGUUGCGGCGUUAAAAGACCCGCUUAGGAAAGCGACGCACUUAGUGCUGUCGCCUAGGGGUGCGCUAAUGGCUGUGGCGGAUGGGCUGGGGCGAAUUCUGCUCAUGGACUCACAGAUCUUUGCAGUGCUGCGCAUGUGGAAGGGUUAUCGAGAUGCACAAGUGGCCUUUUUUGAAGCGCCUGUGGUGGACGUAGCAGGCACUCAUAGCACCACCACCGCCACCACCAGUGGCAGCACCAACAGCAGCAUCAGUGACAGCGACGGCAGCAACAUUAAGCCUCGCCCCUUCCGCCUGUGCCUCGCUAUCUUUGCCCCCAGGAGGGAGACAGUAGAGGUGUGGCAGCUGGUCACCGGUCCUCGCAUCGCUGCCUUCCGCUGCGGCACCAACACACGACUCAUGCAGCCGUCGCUGGGCUUCGGAGUGGCCUCGCACUCGCCCACGCCCACCCAACAGUCGCUGCCGCACAUCCCCAGCCACCCCAGGGGGGAGGGGCCGCUGGUGGAGCAGCGGCACAGGGCGUUCGUGCUGCACGGCUCCUCGGGACUGCUCAUGGAGCUCAUGCCCACCAUCUCACUCGCGGGAGAACUGGUGGGCUCCAGCAAACCAUCGUCCCAGGCAGGCCUGCUCUCCCAAGCCGACCUAUUCCAGCGCCUGUGCGACCUGCUCAAGCUCAAGCACCGCUCCAAGGAUGCUGCUCUGGCUGCUGCCAGGGAGCUCGUGAGGCGCGAGAGGAGGGCGAGGCUGGGAGAGGGGCUGAAAGGGAGGGGUGCGAGGCUGAAUGACGUGGAUGGGAAGCAGAGUGACGUGGGUUGGAGGCUGAAUGACGUGGACGGGAAGCUGAAUGACGUGGACAAGCAGCCGAAAAUGCUGGUGGAUGGAGAUGGCAGUGGUGGUGGUAGUGGAGGGGAGCAUGUGGACGACAAGACUGCCCAAUCGGGGCGGAAGAAGGACAGUCAGAGAGGCGAGAAGGACGCUGGGGAAGAAAAGGACAGCAGCGAGAGCAAGCGGGGGGAGACACAUGAUCAGGAGGGUGAGGAAGAAGAGUUGGAGGAAAGAGAGGAGGAGAAGGAGGAGUGGUGGGGGGAGGUGGGGAGCCAGCAGUGGGAGGAGAAGGUGGUGGGAGUGCUGCUGGCUGCACUCAAUUCGCCAUUUCGCAAGCUACAGGUCCUUGAUCUGCUAAUCGCCAGCCGUCCGUCUCUCUCAGCUAAGUGCCACUUAGCUGUGCUGGAGGAUGUUAUAUGCACUCUGGAGGUCUCCCUAGCUGUGGCUCACCUCCCCCCACCAGAGCUUCCACGCUUAACUGAAAUCAGCGAGGGCGGGGGAGAAGAGGGGAGUAAGGGAGUGAAGGGGGGUACUGGAGUGGGGAAGGAGGAGGAAGAGGGGAGGAAUGGGGCAGGGGCGGUAGAGAAUGGUUCUGGUGAUAUGAGGGGUGGCAAUACAGGCACAGGUGGGGAGACGAAGGAUGGGCAGGAGGUGAAAGAAGGGGAUGAAGCGGAGAGGGCAGAAGGAAGGAGUGAACUGGAAACAAAGGCAGGGGGAGCAGAAGCUCCUAGUGGGACCUCAAGCAUUGCUGCAUCAAACGCUGCUGCUACUGCUGUUACUGCCGCCACUGCUGCCCCUGCUGCUGCUGCUGCCGCUGCUGCCACUGCCGCUGCUGCUGCUGCACCGGCAAAGAAGAGCUGGUGGGGGUCGCUCACCUCCUCUUGGAAGCAACCAGCUGAGCAGCAGCAGCAGCAGCAGGCAGAUAGCAAAGAUGGGUAUGAGCUGCUCCCUCUGGUGGUGGAAAGUGGGAGCAGAGAGGGUGCCGAGAAGACAGGGGUAGAAAAUGAGGCGGAUGUGAAAACGGGUGAUGGUUUAGGGGAGAACAGGGCAGGGCAGAAGGGCACGGAAGGGGAGGGAGAGAAAGUGACGACUAAGCCAGAAGAAAGGGACAGUACCGGGGGUGAGAAGGACCUUGAGGAGCCGUUUCCCCUGGCAGGAGGUAGGGCGGCAGUGGUGCAGAGUGAGUGGCUAAAGGACGUGGAUGUGAGCAAGGUGAAGCGGGUGGACGAUAAGUUUGUGCCCUUCUUGGAGCAACGGGCGCGAGCCCUGCGGUUUCAGCACCUUCUGGUGGAGGUGUAUCUGCUGCUGGAGGAAGAAGCUGCUGCUGCUGCUGCUGCUGCUGCUGCUGCUGCUGCUGCUGCUGCUGCUGCUGCUGCUGGUGGCGGUGGUGGUAACGGUGCUGGUGGUGGUGCUAGUGCUGUUGAGGUGGGGCAAGGAGGGGAGAGGAAAGUGGAUGAGGAAGACAGGAAGGCGAGGAGAGGGGUGUCUCUGGAUGGAACAGAGUUCUGGAGAAGGGUGCCUGAAAGUGGAUUGAGGGAGAGGGAGGAGGAUGAAGAGGAGGAGGAGGAGGAGGAGGAAGAGGAGGAGGAGGAGGAAGAAGAGGCUGUGGUUGAUUGGAGCGUGCAGGCGAGAGGAGGGACGUCUAACGGCUUGCCCGAGGCCAGUGCGCGGAGCAAGAGGGUGCGCAGGAGGUCAAUGGGCGACAUGGAAGCAGCUCUGCUGGUCUUUCGAGCGCGCUACGAGGCGCUGGUGUCCGAUGUGGGGGCGUGGAUUGCAGGCUGCUCCGUGGAGUCCCACCUGAACAAGCUCUGGAUGGAGGGAGAGGACGAACAGACCAAGGGCCUAGGUGAUGAGUCUGGUAGCAGGGGGGGCAGCAAGGGCACUGGUUUGAACGGCAGCAGCGGCAGCAGUAUCAGUGGGAUGAGCGGGAUAACAGGGAUUGGCGGGAUAAGCGGGAUCGGGGGUCUGGGGGAAGCUAUUAGCAGGAGUGAUAGUGGCAGCGGUGGCGGUACGCCUGGCAUGAUCAGCCGCAGCAGCAGUGGGAUGCCAAUGAUGGAGGAUUUUAGCUCCAGCAGCAGCAGCAACAGCGCGGUUACGUCUGCUGCUACCAGUCCUAGGGCAUCUGCUCUCUCUGCCAGCCACGGCCCGUUUGCCUCUACGUCUGCACGCUCCCUCGCUGCUGCUGCGGCGGCAGCUGCUGCUGCAGCCAUCCUGGGGACGUCAUCGGACCAUGUGCCGUGCGUCAUGUUUGUGCGCUCCUUUGGCUUCGACCUGACUCGCAGCCCCUACUGCCAGCCGUCAGCGAUACCUGUAUCUUCCGCUGCUGUCGCUGCUGCUGCUACUGCUGCUGCUGCUACUGCUGCUGCCGCUGCUGCUGGUGGUGUUGCUGCGCUUGAGUCUCACAAUGCGCCAUGCGUUCAGAAGAGGGUGCGUGUGCGAUGGGGAGCAGCAGCACGAGGGGACCACUCCAACCUCCCCUCCGGUGCAUCCUCCCCUGCCUGCACCCCUUCCGCCACUCCCUCGCCCUCUGCCUCGUCUCCUUCUUCUGCCUCAGCCAUUUCCUCGGCUUCCUCUGCGUUGGCACCUGCAGUGGCACCACCUCAGCUUGAUCCUCGCCGCGGCUCCGCCGUCCUAUGGCUGUGCCGGGCGGCAGAUGUGGACGAGUUAGCCGCCCUGGCCAGGUUCUUCAUGGGCAGGAUCUCGCACGGAACCUCGGGCCUAAGAACCCUGCGCUCUGCCAUGCACAGGCUCAGACUCCCUAGGGAGGACUGGCAGUGCUUGUUCCUAGUCUGGCUCCGCUCCAUCCCUGUUCAAGACAUCCUGACCGUUGAUCUUCCGGUGCUGGUCGAGGUGGUCCGUCGGAUUGGAUGCCGGCGAGAGGAGGUGGAGGGCAGGAAGACGGCCAGAGUGGUGUUUUCCAGGGGGAGGAUGGGAGGGAGGAACAGAGGAGGGGAAAGUGGGAAGAGGGGGGAGGGGGGGCUGGAAGGGAGUCUUUCUGGCAGUGUGCCUCCUGGAGGGAGGUAUCCCCUGCUCUUUAGCUGGUGCCAGGUUACCGGGGCUGCUGCCAAGGCUCUGUUCCUGGCUCGGAUCUGCACUCAGGUGAUCAAGGAGGAGCUCCUGGAUACCAUACCUGGGAGGGAGCCUCGGAAGGGGACAGGCACAGCACGGCAGCAGCAGCAGCAGCAGGUGGUAGGGGGUAGGAGGGAGGAGGAUGCACAUGGUGCAGGAGAGGUUCGGAGUGCAUCUGGAAGGCUGAUCGUGGCUCCUCCGAAACCGAAAGAUAAUGAUCUUUGGAUUGAGGUGAGCUUUCUCUCACUCCCCCUCCCCCUCCCCCUCCCCGCCCUCCCUUCCCCAUCUCUCUUUCUCACUCUCAUCCCUUCCUCAAAUGUCCGUCCCAUCAGCAGCACUCAUCCCCUCCCCUCCUCCAACCCGUCUCCCCCACCCCAUGCUCCCUCCUGCACCUUCCUCCAGCACGGCCUUGAGCAGUGGCUGCACCUGUCAAGCCACGUGGAAGACGCCUGGCUUCUUGGCCGAGCCAUCAUCCACGUCUGCAAACUCUCCUCCUCCCGAGGCUACCCGGUUCGGCAGGGCCGGUUACCGUCCGCAGCUGAGGUCCCGACCUUCCCCGUGCCUCUCUGGGUGGCUCGGCUGCAGCUGCUGCUCUCCCCGUCGGCCCUUUUCACCUCUCAGUUGCACCGGGCGUUGCUGAGGGUUGAGCGACCCGAGCUGGUUCGAGGGAUGGCUAAUGACAUGGUGGCGGAAGUGAGAGAAAUAGAGAAGGGGAGAGGGGAGGAGGGUGGGUUUGGGAGAGGGGGAAGCAGUGGUGGUGGUGGGGAGGGGAAGUUGGGUGGUGGGAAAGAGAAGUUGGGUGGGGAAGGUAGUGGGAAGAGAAAGAAGGCAAGGAGAAAGGUCAAGGGCAGGACAGCAGCAGGAAGCACGGCUGGUAAAGGCGCCAGUGUGGUUAGCAUUGGAGCGGGUGGGGAUGAGCAUAACGGGGCGCAUGGGCUUCCGAGGGUGCGAGUCCGGAGGGCUUCUGAGGAGGGAGGGAAGGAGGAGAAGGACACAGUGGGAAGUGGGCAGCAGGAUGAGAAUAGUGAGGUGGGAUCUGGAGCAACAGGGAAGGAAGUGGGCGAGAAGAGUGCGGGUAAGGAUGUGGAAGAAACGGCGAUUGACGGGAAUUCUGAAAAGGUGGGGUCUGAGAAGGGAGGACACAAAGAGGAGGAGAAGCAGGAGAAAGAGGAGGAAGAGCGAGAGGAGGAUGGGGAGGAGGAGGAAGAGGGCGAGGAGGAAGACGAGGAAGAGGAUGAGGAGGCUGAGGCUGAGGCGGAGGAGGAGCGGCAGCGGGAGGAUGAGAGGGAGUCGGUGCAGCUGCUGCGGGAGAUGCUGGACCGCUUCCCUGAGAGCUGCCACUCGGACAUCCUGGCAUCGCACCGAGCCAUGGAGCUCUGCCGCCAGUGGUCCACUGCCUUCUUCCACAGCGUCAAAGCCGCGUAUGUAUCGCCUAAGCCACCUGCUCCUGCGCCUGUUUCUGCUGCUGCUGCUGCGGCAGCUCCAGAGCAUGCGGCAGCUGGUUCUGCUGCUGCUGCUGCUACUGCUGCUGGUGAUGAUGCUGGUAGCAAAGGAGACGACGACAAGGAGAAGGGACGGAACCAGACAGGAAGUCAGAAGCAGGAGGUGCAGCAAGAGAAGAAAGACAAGACGGGGCAGAAGGAGAAGAGUGGUGGGAAGCUGAAGCUGUCAGGGCUGGAAGGCAGGAAGGGGCGUGGGCUGUCCAUGUCGCUAGGCGGCUACGAUGCAGAGCCGAGCGACCUGCUCUUCUUCUCGCACGAGCAUGUGUCGCCGCUGCCCACGGUCGCACUCAAAGGCGGUAUGGUGUGCUCCAUGUGGCAGUCCCUCAUUGGCCAGCGCGCAGCCUCGGCAGUGGGCCUGGUGCAGAGGCUCGGGAGGUGCCCCACGGAUGAAGAAUGCGAGCUGUCGCUGGGCAUGGGCAGUGAGACAACAGCGGAGGCAGCAGGUGCAGUGGGCGCAUACGAGCAGAUGCUAGUGCUCCUCUACGACUGCACUCUGCUCCUCGAGUACGGGGACGGUGCGGACGAGCUCUCCACCAACCACAACGCCUUUGUGUCGGCGCACGACGCCAUGUGCCGGGAGGCCAUAUCUGAUUUCAAGCAGGCGCCGCCGUCAGCCGAGACGCUCCAUGCGUACAUGCUGCUGAUCCGCACCAUCGGGGUUUCGCUGGCGUUGAACGUGCCGGUCGUGCCUCUUGCGUCCAUGUUCCCGCCCGCUCUGCUCUCUGGCUUCCCGGCUCUUUUCCUGUCCCUUCGGCCCGAGGACGCAGCAUCGGUGACAAAGCGCACGGAGGCGCGGCUAGAGUUUCUCCUCUCUGUUGUGGAGGCACAGAACCGGAGAGCACAGAUCGCGGCAAAUCCCGAUGCCGAUGCCGCAUGGUGCAAGCUCACCCGGCGCUCGGAGCAUUUGCGCGUGUACCAGCGGCGGUAUGCAUGCACGUCGGCCUUUGCUCUUGCGGAGGAUCUAGGAAUUCCCCAUCAGGAGCUUGAGCGGCGGCAACAAGCCGUCCAUAGCUUGUAGCAGCAGCAGCAAUUGCGACUACUACCGGUAUAUGCCCCCCUGUUUCAGAGCCCCUUAGGUGAUAUGUAGGGUAGGGGAAAGUUGCAAUUAUGCCAGCAGAGUAGUCCUGCUUGAUUGCAGGUGCGUGUCUACCUACGUAGGGCGUGCCGAUUAUAUCAGUCACUGGUGGUGUCAUGUGAUGUGAGAUCCUGGCGGGUGCACUAGGUUUUUAGGAAGUGUGGAUGGGUGCCAUGCGCUCAUCGGCCCAUCGGAUUUCCUCACAUACAAGCAACCAAAACAU